AAUUGUAUGUCCAGUUUUAUCAAAUACAAAAAUGAAGUUUUCUUAUAAAUUUUUAAAAUUAAAGUUUUUGAUUUUCCCCAAAAAAGUAUUUUUUUGAAUAUUUUAAAUAAUUUAAUCAUCUUUAAUUGAAAAAACAUACUAUAAAUACGUCGAAAUAUAAUAUUCAUAACUUAAAAUUUAAGAAUCAACUAAAGGAUCGAAAUUUCCGCAAGCGAAAAAUCUCAAUAUAUGGUUUUGUUAAUGUCCUAUUUUAAAAUAUUCAUUAUAUCCUUUAUUUUAAAAACUGAUAAAUUUUUUAAACCAAAUCAUUAAUGUUUAUAUGUUGUCUGCUUAUAUUUUCACUUUUUCUAGUAAAAAAUAUUUUCCUUAAUGAUCUUUUUGAAAUUCCUCGUAUAUUUUUUACCUAAAUUAUUCCUCUUCUAAUAAUAAAGGAUUUUUUCUGAUUUAAUAUUUUUUAUCAAACCUGUUGAAUACAUUAUACAUGUAAAAAUGGGCAGGACACCAUAUAAUAGGAGGACCGGCAAUAUUUAUAUGAGCUUUACAUUACUAUUUAUAUUUAUUUUAGUAUAUUCGCCAUAUUAUGUUUCCUCCAGAAUAUCCAAAGGAUACUAUUUUAGUAUUAUUUAAUUUAAUUUGAAUAAAUUUGUGGAUUAAAUCCGCAAUAUCUUCUAAAUAGCCUUUAAAUGUGCCCCUUUAUGUUUCUUUUUCUCCUUCUAUACCUUCCAAGCCUGGUACUAAUAAAUUUAUAAACCUACAAAAAUUAUUGCCUAAAUUAUACUCGAUUUAUGAAAAGGAAUUAUAGUCGCCUGGAAAGCCGUGAAGUGUUAGAAUUAUUUACUUAUUUUCAAAAUAGGAAUGACAUUCUAAAUUAUCAGUGUAAUAUAUAUACCAACCUUCUCCACAAUCAAGUCUUUUUAUUAAAUGGGGAAAGUUAAGGGCUUUUUCUGAUU